AUGUUUAGAAAGCUAGAAAUCAACAUUCCAUUCUCUGAGGCACUUAAGCAGAUGCCCAUAUAUGUGAAGCUCAUGAAGGACAUUAUCUCAAAGAAACACACCAUUGACACUGAACCUAUACUCCUAACUGAAACUUGUAGUGCAAUUUUGCAGGGUAUGAAGAUCCCAGUCAAAAAUAAAGAUAGAGGUUCUGUCACCAUUCCACGCACCAUUAGAGAUACAUCAUUCAAAAAGGAACUUAUUAAUUUGGGAGCUAGUGUGAGCCUUAUUCCUUUAUCCAUAUACAAGAAGCUGGGAAUAGGAACGGUUCAGGAUACCAGGAUGAAACUCCAGUUUGCAGAUCAUUCAAUGAAGAGACCUUAUAGUGUACUUGAAGAUGUUUUGGUUAAGAUAGACAAAUUUGUGUUCCCUGUUGAUUUUGUGAUCCUUGAGAUGCUAGAGGAUGAAGAGAUCCCUCUGAUUCUGGGGAGACCUUUCCCAGAAACAGGGAAAUGUAUGAUAAACAUUAAGGAAGGAACCAGACCCUCAAAGUUUAUGAUGAAGAGAUAA